GUUCCCUCAUGUUUUUGUUUUGGUUCCGCCAUCAUCGGUUUUUCGAUUUGCUGCGCUCUGCUUUUGUCUCGUCGUAAUCAGCUGAAGAAAAAAGUGUUAUCAAAGUCGUGGAAAACCUAUGAUUGAACUGAAUUGCGUCUUACAAACAUUAAACUCGAGUUUAGUUCAUAUCGUGGUUGGGGCUUUGCUGUUAUCUUAUCGAAAAACAAUCAGUCGAUAGGAAAACGUCAAAAAGAAAAGUGAAAUCCAAAUUCUGAGUGCGCGCACGAGAUCAGUGCCCAGACAACGAAAAAGGACGACGGUCGUCCGGAACUGCAAAAUUUCAGCGUUCCAUUCCGGUCAUUCGGACAUCCUACCGCGCCGCAAGCAUAACCAUGGCCAAGUACUACGAAAACACCACGACGUUCAACUAUUCCUGGGAGCAGGUGACGCAGUGCUUCUGGAACCGGUACCCAAAUCCGUUCAGCCUGCACGUACUCUCGGAGGACACCGUCUGCCGGGAGAUUAAGAACGGGAAGCUCCACAGCAAGCGGCUGCUGACCAAGACGAACCGAGUGCCGAAAUGGGGCGAGCGGUUCUUCAAGGCCAAGUCCGUCAACAUCCUUGAGGAGUCGGUGGUGGAUCCGAAGGAGCGCGUGCUAGUCACCUACACGAGGAACAUCGGCUUCAACAAGAUCAUGAGCGUCGUCGAGAAAGUAACCUACCGAUCGUCACCGGACAACCCCUCCAAGACCAUCGCGACCCGAUCGGCAUGGAUCGACUCGUCUGUGUUCGGGUUCGCCACCGCCAUCCGGGCGUUUGGGCUAGAUCGCUUCAAAAAGAACUGCAUGAAAACGGCCAACGGCUUCAACUACGUCCUGCAGCACAUGUUUCCCGCCCAUCCGUCUUCGCUGGCGGCCGUCCACAACCAACACCUGACGAAGGCCCAGAAAAUCAAGGAGGCCGCCAAACACGCGUCCGACCAUGUCAAGGCCCAAGCCGAACAGUUUGUGCAAAAUAUUUCCGUGAAAGGUUGAACCAAGCCCCCCUAGGUGGGAAGCUUUGAGGCACCACUUCGAACUUCUCGUCUGUCGACACUCGCUUUUUUGCACUCCUAAUCCGACGUUGGUUGAUGAUUAUCUAGGAUUCAACUAGUGUAAGUAUGAUUCCAACUUCCCUAUCCUCUUUCCUUGUCGCUGGUGUAAUUGUAGAUAGUCUAGUAUUUCGCUGCUAUGGAAUAUUUCGAACGCUAUGGUAGCAAAAAAGUAUUUGAGAAAAACUUGUGAAUUUCCAGAUUGCUUCUCACUUUCCUUAUUCAAUCGUUUUGAAGCUACAGUCGUAUGUCUUGAACGCGCUUCCACUCGUCGCUUUUUCUUGGCAUUUUUUUACGAUUCCCAUUAAACCGUAAGAAGAUAACUGAAACAUUGAGAUAGGCGGUAGCGCGUUGAAGAAGAAACGGCUGGAAACAUUUUUUUACACGGAAUACGUCAAAUUUGUGCAUCAUUCCAAUAUCGAGAAACAACACGACACUAUUUAACAAGUUAAUGAUAAUACAUAGAAAACUAGAAGCAGAAACAAAAACGAACGAGAGAGAAGCAACAAGACACUUAUCGAUAAAGGUUUAGCUGAUUAACUAAAGAUAACGUUGAGGAAAGGGAUAAAUUUCAUAGUUUUCUGAAAGAACGUUUCUGCUUUCUAAAAUGCUUAGAACUCGACACUUGAAAAAAGGAUUAAAACAAACACCUGUAGCACUAUAAUAGUGUAGUGGUAAUCCCUAUUACUUUUAAUCAAAACAAUAAUUUUACUGCAGUUUUGUAGAAAGUAGGUUAAAAGUGAAGGCAAGUAUAACUGUAAGGAAAGAUAGGGCGCAAUUAGGACAGGUGAAAGUGAUAGAAACGGAUAUAACAGAUGGUUACCGAGCAUACUGACGGUGCGUGUUGCAAUGUUUAGCAUAGGAGAUAAAGAAAAGUCGGAACUUGUUUGGAAGCGUUCCGGAUUACGCAGCUUGACCAUUCGGUGCAUGCGGAGAAACCCGAUUGAUUGUAGAUAUUAAUAUAUUUUACUACGUUAUAGAAA